AAAUUAGUGAAAAAUUGCAGCAAUAAUAAUAAAAAUUAAACUUUGGCAGUAUCUUAAGACAACUAUCAGUCAAAAUGGUUUCGACGGAAAACAUCGAAAAAGUGUUCCUACUGGAAACGGACCGCGUCAAAAGCUUUAAGAAAUGGCCCUACUCCGGAACCAGUUCCUGUAGCAUUCAGAAGAUGGCCGAAGCGGGCUUCUACUGGAACGGCAACGACAACGAGGAGGACACGGCCGCCUGCUUCGUGUGCGGGAAGGUCCUCGACGGGUGGGAGGAAACGGACGCACCCUGGGAGGAGCACAAGAAGCACGCCCCCCAGUGUCCGUUCGUGAAGUUUGGCCGGCCCGAGGCGGAACUGACGGUGGAGGAGAUGAUCGACCUGCUGGAGGCGAUCAUGAAGGCGCGCCUCCAAAAUGGGUACAACACGAUGAAGGACGGGCUGAAGGCGUGCAUCGAGAAGAAGCGGAAAGAAAUGCUGAAGCAGCUGGGCAAGAACUAGAUCGGAUUACGGAAAUAUUUGCUGGUAAUCUCCUGAUGGGGGGAGGGAAAGGGAAGGGUUCUGCGUGUAUUUGUAUAGAAAUAGGAUAUUUCGAUUUAAAUCAAGCUUUUUAAAUACUU